AUGGAAGCUGGUGAUGGUUCUACUGUGGUCAACAAUCCCGCUGUUAUAAAAGCGGCCCAAGAAGAAAUUGGAAGGCUUAAUGUCCUGGUGUGUGGUCAGUGUCACUUGGUAUUUCACUUCGUCGAGGAAUUCCAAGAGCAUCAGAAUAAAGAGGGCGCUUGCACCAAAACAUCACACUUUCGCGACAAUGGCAAUAAUGAACAGAAGGCUCAAGUUUGGGCGUUUUUAUUGUGGAAAGACACACAAAUACAACAAGAAACAACUGAUAAAGAUUCAGUCACUUCGUGGAAGCUUUAUCAAAAAUGGUGUAAAAUGGAGCAGCAUGUACGCGAAACCUGGAUCACAGCUGGCAGAACGAUUCAAGCAUUUACCAAGAUUAACAAUGCUAAAAUGACGGAUAUGCGAUCUCAUAAUACAGAUGGUGCUAAACAACCAAUAAUAGUACGAAAAGUAGUUCGUAAUGGUCAGCCAGAAGAUUCGAGUGAAGCAAAAAAGAAAGAAAUCAAGUCAGAGGUCAAAGCUGAAAGUUCUGAAUCGGCCCCAACCACAACAACAACAACAACAACCACCACAGCUCAAACGAAAAAAGUUAUGCAAACUCGACCCAAGGCGUUUGUCAAACCAAGAGUACGACCUGGAAAAACACAACCUGACGAUGAACCCAACGACGAAGAAUUUGCUGUUGAGAAAAUAAUGGCUAAACGUUACAAUACUAAAAAACGUUGCGCUGAAUAUUAUUUAAAAUGGGAAGGCUACGCUCCAGAGUUCAACACUUGGGAGUCAGCUGAUGUCGUUUCAUCUUGUAAAUUUCUUUUGGAAGAAUUCGAGCGGAAUUUGGCUAAGCAGAAAGAAAUGAAAGAACUAAAAGCCCAACAAUUAGCGCAGCAACAACAACAACAACAACAACAACAACAACAACAACAACAAACUAAAAUUAUAUCUAGGACUGUUACUCAGAAAACGAUCAUUAAAGCAGAGCCAAGUACGCCGGGUCCAAGCUCAGCGGCUCAAAUUACGCGUCCAAUGAGAUCGAGUAAGUCAAAGGCAAUGGAUCAAGUUAAGCAGUGGUGUGGAUCUAUGAAAGAAGAAGACAACGAUCUUUUGGGUAAACGCCGAGCUGAUCUUACUGAUAGUGAUUCAGACACAACGGCUGCUAAAAGGGCUAAAGGAGAAGGCGCUAGCGAUGAGGACUACACUGGUGAAUCUGAAGAAGAACGUAACACUACAGGACGAAGUGAUGUUAUCCAACGUGCUUUUAACCGUGCAAAUGCUCAGUCGAAUGGUUCGAACAAAACUGUCUCGAGCAGCGAUUUGGCAACUUCACUUGGUCUACAGUCUCCUGAUCCUACAAAAACUCAUCAAUCGCCAGUUUUAGUCGCCAAUGCUAAAGGUGUUGUCAAAGUUGAUCCUAAACAAAUGCCGAAUUUAGCAUCUGGAGUUUACGUAAUGUCUAAAAAAGAAGGAAUAAUUAAACUAGAUUCCUCGCCUGCUGGUAAGCAAAUCAAGAGUGGUACUGGAGGAGUUUUGAUGGUACCAAAUCGUGAAAACCCCACUGUCGUACGAAGACAAGUAAUUACUGCUUCACAGGCUAACUCCAUUACACCAGUAAAAGUAGUUUCCAAGCCAGAUGGUAGUCAGGUCGUCACCCAGAUGAAAGUGAUCUCUAAACAAGUGCCAGCCAAGCCUAGACAGUCGCUAGGUCCGAAAAAUGAGCCUGUAAAAAUUCAACCAAAACCUGAUCCCACGCAACUUCAACAAAUCCAUGUAGUUACAGCUGUACAAAAUCCAAUUGGCAUGCAGCCUAGGAUCACUACAAAUGUACGUCCUAGUAUUCAACAGCAACAGCAGCAAAAAACGGCUGAUGGACGUCCAUUGCUGCCUAGACCGUCAGUGCGUGGUCCAGGUCCCACCAGUGUACUGGGUAUCGGAUCUAUUCGAAGUCCUGUACGUGCACCUACUCCAAGGCUUCAGAGUCCACAAACCCGUGCUCCAAUGCAAAAACGUGUUGUAGCUGGAUCACCUCAAGCUACUAUGAGUCCUAACCAACAAACUCAAUUACGGGCUAAAUACAUUGCAUCACCGAAUCAGAUUGUCAAAACUGUUGUAAGUUCAGCGCAGUUGAAACAAUCACCUGGUAAUAAAUUAAGUCCGGGUAAUAAACAAACCCAGUCUUUGAUAUCACCUCAGCAAAAAACUCUUAUGACCAAGAGAAAGACUCAAGAGCUUACACCUCAGGGAGUUGUUAAGACGCCAAUGAAGACCAUGGUAAAUACCAAAGCACCAGCUGGACGUGGACGUGGUAAAAUAACAACGACAACACCAGUAGCAACUCCAGGAAAGCCUAAGGAGACUAAGAUAGUCGCCAGCGAUGGACUUCACAUGGAAUUUCAGGAAGUAGGAAGCGAAGAGAGCAGUGAUGAAGCCGGACCUGAUCAGGUUACAUCAGAAGCCGAUAAUUUAUGUAAUAUUCCGCAGAAUCCACCGGAGAGUCCUGAGAGGCCGUUCACCCUGUGUCCGUUGACUGGGCGAAUCAUAGGCGAGGAUGGUGAGCCAGUAGCUGAGGCCGAGCCAACCACAUCCCAUACUUCAGUGGAUACAACAGCAGCAUCUUCUAUUACAGGUACAACCGUUACAGCGACGACUUCAGCCAGCGAGAGUAUGGACACCUCAUCCAGCACCACGACGACAACAACAGAGUUGGUUCUACCUUCAUUGGAGUCACUUACAGAGACUAAUAGUAUAAUGCGCGUGGAAAUGAGCCCGGGUGGUACAACAGGUACGAUUGUCCAAGCCAGCACUGAUCCCACCGCUCAGUUAAGUCUUGCAGGUGUAACAAUAGCCCCAGAUCUUCCUUGUCUAGAUGACACUGCGACGACUUCAGUUACAUCAGUACAGUCCACAGUCUCACUCACAGAGACAAUAGCCUCUGACGCUAUUGCGACAACGACUGGACUGACGGGUACGAUAGUUACAAGCUCGGCUUCAAAUGUUGCUAAUGUUAAGCAAGAAAUAAAAGACGAGGAAAGGAAGGUUGUUGCCGAUGACGCGUCGAAUGUUGUCACUAUCACGGGUGAGGAUGGUGUUGUAUACCAAGUUGCAGGUCAUGCUGAAGAUGGUCAAACAUUAUUAGUGACUCGCGGUGCUGACGGUGAGCAGCAGUGUGUCUAUGUUACGACUGAACAACAGGGCGAUGAAGGCUCUGUUCUUACUCUUGAUCAUGCUGUUGCUGAAGCUGUUGCUCAGCUCAUGCCUGAUCAGGUUAAUCUCGCACCGCAGUUCUACGUUAAAGAGGGCGAAGGCGAAGCCACUGAAAAUCAAAUGGUCAUGUCCAUUAUGGAUAAUUCCGCUGCGGGAGCUGUUGGGGGUCAAGAAGACUCCGAAGGACAAGCUCAAGUAGUAGCUCAAGUUGUUCAAGCUGAUGAACCAACGCCAGGUGGCACAAGAAGAGUUGUUCUUCUACUUCCUGAUGGUAAUUUAAUGAUGACUGAAGUCGAUGAAGAACAGUAUGCUGCUUUAGAACUCGACAAAUGA